AAAUUAGGAAUAUCGCAAAAAUUACAAAAUUUAAGUGCUAAAAUUCUUGAAUAUAUGGAGAAAAAGAUAGAAUCAAAGAAAAAAUUAGACAAAAAAGAGGCAGCAGAGAAAAGGAAAAAACUCAGAUAUUUGGUUUCUA